AUGGGAAGACAUUCUUGUUGUUACAAGCAAAAGCUAAGAAAAGGCCUUUGGUCUCCUGAAGAAGAUGAGAAGCUUCUCAAUUACAUAACUAGACAUGGUCAUGGUUGUUGGAGUUCUGUCCCUAAACUCGCAGGUUUACAGAGAUGUGGAAAAAGCUGUAGGCUUAGGUGGAUAAACUAUUUGAGACCAGACUUAAAGAGAGGAGCUUUCUCUCAAGACGAAGAGAGCUUGAUCAUGGAGCUCCAUGCUGCGUUAGGCAACAGAUGGUCUCAGAUCGCAACUCGGUUACCCGGAAGAACAGACAACGAAAUCAAGAACUUUUGGAACUCGUGUCUUAAGAAGAAGCUGAGAAGAAAAGGCAUUGACCCAACAACACAUAAACCCUUUAUAAGCGACCUUCAAUCUCUUAACGUCAUAGACCAGAAGCUGACGUCAUCGAUUACUUCAGAAGUAGUAAAGUCAACGGGUUCGAUAAACAACCGGUGUGAUCAGUCCAUGGUCGUCUCAUCGCAACCAGGUCCGUGGUGGUUCCCGGCAACGGCUGCAAGUAAUCAAAACGCUGCGUUUUGCUUUAAUUCAAGUACUACUUCAACGGUUUCAGACCAGAUCGUCUCUUUGAUCUCUUCAAUGUCUACGUCACCAAUGACUUCAAACUUCAAUCUUGUUCCAAACAACUGGGAAGUGAACUACUGCAACAACACAGUUCCAUCUCAGAGCAACAGUAUCUACAGUGCCUUCUUUGGUAAUCAAUACACAGAAGCUAGACAAAUCGUGAACAGCAACAACAGUUAUAGUAAUAAUAAUCUCGUAGUGGAUCAUCAUCAUAAUCAUCAAGACGUGAAGUCAUGGGCAUCAGAGAUUCUUCAUUACACAGAACAUAACCAAAGCUCAGAAACUGGUUUAGAAGCAGAAGUGAAGCCGGACAUAGCCAAAUACUACUGGCAAUCAACAUCAUCCGCGUCAUCACCAAACCAAGAAGCUGUAACAUUACCACAUGAUGCUGACGCGGAAGUGUACGGUAAAAACCUACAAAAGCUUAAUAACAUGGUGUUUGAUCAGAGCCUUUAG